GCAGUGGCGCUGUAAGUACCGUCGCAAUCGCAGGAAGAGAUUAAAAUUUGGAAGGAGCCUAUGAUUUUACUGAUCAAGAGGCGCGGCGUAUGUGCUGCAUGCGGCGCCCCUUUCCAGAGAAGGGAUGAUAUUGUUGAUCAACAUUGCUACAUUGUGGCAGGGCAUCAGAGUAAUCGUGUUUCGAUCCUGGUCAAAUGCCUUGACCCAAGUUCGGGGGCAAAUUAGGGUUACGUUGUUUGUAGGAUUUGUUUUAACGGGCAUUGCUCCAUUGGCUUAGCCAAGAAGCAAUGCAUUGUAAGCACAUGUGAAGCCUGCCCAAAGCGAGGUUCGCCCGGUACCAGCGUUCUAAGGCCAGCAAGGCGAACUGGCCGCACAAGUGUUGAAAGUUUGGGGGUGUCAGACAUCAUGGCCCUCGCCAUUUCCAAUCUUUCUGCAACUUCUCAGGGGGGCUCUUUCCAUUCCACCAUUCUGCAACCUGCACAGAGCAUUCAGAAGCCACCGUUUGGAUCCACAGCAGUGAGAUUGAUUCCCAAAGAAGAAACAGAAACCCCAGCAGAGCCAAAUGAAAAGUUGGUGACUCUCAGACUAGAGAGGGAGAAGAAGUUCCAAGAAUUGACUGAGCAGAUACAUCGAGACACGCAGAAAAAGAUGGAGAAUGCUGCGGCAAAGCGAGAUGCUAAAUUUCAGACCAUGCUCCAGUCAGUGAUGAAUGGGCUGGAAGGCCAGGAGAGCAUCCUCAAAGAGAUUGAGGAGCUGAUAGCAGAGGAGGACAGGGCUCGAGAAAAAAGGCAAAAAGAGCUUCAUGAGGAGUGGGAGAGGAACGUGUACAGAGCCAUCCAGGAACAGGUCGAAGGCCAGCUAGAGAACCUCUCCACAGCAGAGCUGGAGGCCAGACGAAGGACGGUAGUCGAGCAAUUCUUGGCGAAGUCGAAGACAAGGGCUGGCACGUUCCUCAACAUCAUAAACCCAGAGGAGUACAACCCGUUCGACGCUCAGGCCUCACAGAUCAAAUACACAUUGGACCAGAGCCGAGACCCCCUGCUGCGAGAACUGACGAAGUCCGUUGCGGAAGAAGCGGAAUUAUCCGAGUCGGGAGGGGGAUCCCCCGUCCGAAAGGCCCGUACGAAGGAGAUGUACGACGUGACCGGGUGGCGGUCGGACGUCCACCGGAGCACCGUGUGGGGUCACUUUUUCGACGACGAAGGGUCGCCUAUUAAUCUCAACGGGCAUCCCAGCCGAAACCGGUCGCAAGUUGUCAUUGACCACGACCACGCGAUCUACGGCAAGGAGAUUGUGGACCAAGAGCUGCCCAAAGGGAAAAAGCUAUUGCCCGAAGCGCGCGAACGGCGAGGCGUCGUGGCGAUUCCACGUGGCAAGGCAAUGGUGCCGCCUCGCCAAGAAUAAGAUAAAGCAUCCAGAUUUCCGGCAGCAGCUGUCCCAACACCUUUGGACGCGGACUCCCUGUUGGGAAGGGAUUCCGGCUCACAAAACCUCGACACUGCGUAACACAUUGUCUUCAGAUAUCAACCUUGAAACGUGCAUGUUGACUCAUGCAAGAUCGAAC